AUGGAACAGGGUCCACAUCCAAAUCAAUACCCGACACGGAUGUCGCCCGAUCUGGAAGCCGCCGUCCCUUUGAUGAAGGGUGUGCCUUGUGCCUGUCUAUACCAGUUCCGUGACGGCCUUGUGCUCCGUCGCGGUGGUGUCAAGAAAUGUAUCAGAACGACCUGGCGGUGUCUGAUAUGGCGAGAUGGGAAAGGACCGGCUCUGCUGAAGAAUGUUAUAUAA